UGAGGGGCAGGACUUCCUUGCUGGUUGCUAAGACACUCUUGUUCGCUCCUUGACAACACUGGCGGGGGUGUACUGGCUGCGGCCCUGGCUCCGGCCCCCGCGGGAGCAGCACCCCUUGGGGAGAGACAUUUUCUGCUCCCACCAAGUUGGCAGGGCCCACUUCCUGACUCUCCCGGGCGUCCUUGCCAGUCCCAGCACCUCCUGAGAGCCCUCCCUCUCCUCUCGGGGUCACGGUGGAAGGAUCAUGGGAGAAACAGAAGGGAAGAAAGAUGAGGCUGACUAUAAGCGCCUGCAGACCUUCCCACUGGUCAGGCACUCGGACAUGCCAGAGGAGAUGCGAGUGGAAACCAUGGAGCUGUGUGUCACAGCCUGUGAGAAAUUCUCCAACAACAAUGAGAGUGCAGCCAAGAUGAUCAAGGAGACAAUGGACAAGAAGUUCGGCUCCUCGUGGCACGUGGUGAUCGGUGAAGGCUUUGGGUUUGAGAUCACUCAUGAGGUGAAGAACCUCCUGUACCUGUACUUCGGGGGCACCCUGGCCGUGUGUGUCUGGAAGUGCUCCUGACCCUCCGUCCCCCGCAGGGCCUGUUCCUGCCUCUCCUCCAGGAUGGGGAGCAACCUCAGGCAGGUCCUGGCCUUUCCAAGGAGAGUUUGGGGUCUUUUCUUUCAUCCUUGUGUGCCCGUUUCCUGAGCCAUGCCCAGUGUGUGAAUCUGUUGAGAUCUCUACCCCCAGGCUCCCGGCCGCCUCCCUCUGAGUCCCAAGCAGUGGACAGGGCAGAGGCAGCAUCUCUGUAGGGGCAGAGUGCGGACCUGUGACAGGGUGAAGGGGUGGAGCUUUCCCAAAAGGACAUGCCAGCCCCACCGUUCUCCAGGGCAGAUGUCCUUCAGCACCCCGGAGCCCCGCUACCCUUCUGUCCCCUGUACUGCUGAGGAGUGCCACUGUCCUUGUCAUUCGUGGCCAUAUGGAAGUGGCCCCAAGAAGGAGCCUCUCCUCUCAAGGGACACGGGCAGCUUCUGUCCUUGUCCCCUGGGGACACAGUGAGCACCCCCAAAGCCCUUUCCCCAGCUUGAUCCCGGGCUGCGCAGACACUGUGUCUCACCACGGUACCAGUGGCUCCACAGCCCAGGUUUGGCAGGAGGACCACGCAGCCUCCCGCCCUCUCCUCCCUUCCCAGCCCCAGGCGCAUGAACUUUCUGUACCGCCUCAACCGACCUAGACCAAGCGCACACACAGUUGAGAGUCAGGGGCUGGGGUGCUUGCACGCCCCCAGCUCAAGUUCUCGAGGUGUCACUGAGCUCCGGUGAGACGCUGGCCAGGAGGGCUCUCGCCGCGGGCCGCUUCAGCAGGGAACCUGGCCUGCCAGUGACUUAUCAUCAGGGACCGCAUGCUGAUUUGUACUUCGUAUCUCUGCUGGGUUUUCUAGAUUCUUUUUGAGUGUGGGAAGAAGGGUUUUAGUAGAAGGAUGAAUCCUAUUUUACACAGCGGUCUUAUUUAUAUAAACAUCUUGGUUUUUACAAUUAAAAUGACCAAAAACUAA